AUAUAUAGAAAGGUGUAUAUAAUAAAAACCAAAAAAAUAAGAAAAAAAUGGUUUUCGUUUUUAAAAGAAGACUGAGAAUCUUGAAUCGAUCAAGAAUUGCCAUUUAUAAAUAUUUUAAUAAAGAAGAUUAGCCAAAUUAUGUUUUGUAUUUGAUGGAACUAGGUUUAUUGAUUGGCCCGGUUCACUGGUUUUGCCAAGUUUUUACCAGGUUUAUCUUUUAAUAAUAAUUUAUUUUUAUAUUUUUUGCAGAAAUUUGCUAUGUUUACACCGGCAAUAAGUUUUAUGGAUAUAUAUAACUAAAAUUUACAAAAUUUAAAUUGAAGAAAUAGUAGCUAUAUUUUUUAAUUGACUUUGUUGGUGAUAUAUGCCUAGACAUGUUUGGUUAUAAACCACUUUUACAAAAUUUAAAUUGAAGAAACAGUAGCUUUAUAUGUUGGUGAAUCAAGGAAAUAAAUUCUAGUGAUUAAAAUAAAAAAGAAGGAAAUAUCAUAAAUGGGCCCCACGGCCCAAAUAUCAUAACCAUCUUCUGUUUCUGUCUGCUUACUUUUCCCUCCCUUAUUAUAUAAACAAGUAGAGUGUAAUCUGCCUUCAUCAUCCUCAUCAAGCUUCUCUUGUUCAUUCAAGCUUGCUUUGACUUUUCUUCUGAAACGGUCAUCGCGGCGGCGAUAGAUACACCUUCCGCCUCGUCGGCUCUAAACCUUUCAAUCUCUCUCUAAAGAUGCCUGCUGUAGCGUGCGUCGAUACUGGUUACGUUUUCUCCGACGAUGGCUCUCUCCCCACCGCCGCUGACGCGUUUAUCCCGGCCUCACCAACUUCUUCUCGUUGGAGUCCCUCUCUCUCGGCUUCUCUUUAUCGUAUCGACGGUUGGGGAGCUCCUUACUUCGCCGCCAACUCUUCCGGUAACAUCUCCGUUCGUCCUCAUGGCGACGACACUCUGCCUCACCAAGACAUCGAUCUGAUGAAAGUCGUUACGAACGUAACGGUUCCCAAAUCCUCCGGUGGUUUGGGGUUGCAGUUCCCUCUCAUCGUGCGGUUCCCUGACGUGUUGAAGAACAGGCUCGAGUGUCUCCAGUCAGCGUUCGAUUCCGCGGUUAAGAGUCAAGGGUACGGUUCUCAUUACCAAGGCGUUUUUCCGGUUAAAUGCAACCAGGACCGGUUCAUUGUGGAGGAUAUCGUGAAUUUCGGUUCUCCUUUCCGGUUUGGUUUGGAAGCUGGUUCUAAACCGGAGAUCCUUUUAGCUAUGAGCUGCUUGUGUAAAGGCAACCCUGACGCCUUUCUCGUCUGUAACGGCUUCAAAGACGCUGAGUAUGUUUCAUUGGCUCUCCUCGGGAGAAAGCUUGCGUUCAACACUAUGAUUGUUCUCGAGCAAGAACAUGAGCUUGAUCUUGUUAUCAACCUUAGCAAGAAGAUGAACGUGAGGCCUCUCAUUGGUCUAAGAGCUAAGCUGAGAACCAAACAAACAAAUCAUUACGGCUCAUAUUCAGGUGAAAAGGGCAAGUUUGGAUUGACUAGUACUCAGAUUGUUAGUGUCGUGGCGAAGCUUAGCGAGUCUGGUAUGCUUGACUGUCUCCAGCUCUUGCAUUUUCACAUUGGCUCAAUGAUUCCAUCGUCUUCGUUGCUAUCUCAUGGUGUCUCCGAAGCUGCUCAGAUUUACUGUGAGCUUGUGCGUCUUGGCGCACAUAUGAAAAUUAUUGAUGUUGGUGGUGGUUUGGGGAUAGACUACGACGGGUCUAAGUCUGGAGAACCUGAUCAGUCUGUUACUUAUACACUAGAUGAGUAUGCUGAAGCUGUUGUAUCUUCCAUCAGGUAUGUAUGUGACCGGAGAUCGGUGAAACAUCCGGUGAUAUGUAGUGAAAGUGGAAGAGCAAUAGUCUCUCAUCAAUCUGUGCUGAUCUUUGAAGCUGCCUCCGAUGUUAAACCAGUGGCUCACCAACCGAAGCCUGAUGAUAUUCAAUUUCUGCUCCAACGUGAGGAGGAUCUAUACGCGGCUGUGAUGCGUGGAGAUCAAGAAAGCUCUCUACUUUACGUUGAACAGCUGAAACAGAGAUGUCUUGAAGAAUUCAAAGAGGGUGUUUUGAGCAUCGAGCAGUUAGUUUCUGUUGAUGGGUUAUGCGAAUGGGUUUUGAAGGCUAUAGGCGGGUCGGAUCCGGUUCAGACUUACAACAUGAACCUAUCGAUUUUCACUUCGACUCCUGACCACUGGGGGAUGGGACAGCUGUUUCCUAUCGUUCCUAUCCAUAAGCUCGACCAAAAGCCCGGGGCUCGUGGGGUCUUGUCUGAUUUAACGUGUGACAGUGAUGGGAAGAUCGUUAAGUUCAUAGGCGGCGAGUCUAGCUUGCCGUUGCACGAGAUAGACAGUUAUGGAGGUGGAGGAAGGUACUUAUUGGGUCUAUUCCUUGGAGGGUCUUAUGAGGAGACUAUGGGUGGAGUCCAUAAUCUAUUUGGCGGGCCAAGCGUUGUCCGUGUCUCGCAGAGCGAUGGACCACAUAGCUUUGUAGUGACCAGAGCCGUGUCUGGCCAGUCCUCUUCUGAUGUUCUCCGAGCAGUGCAGCAUGAGCCCGAGAUAAUGCUUCAGACACUAAAGCACCGAGCAGAGGAAGUGAUGCAUACCAAAGGAGGUGGUGAAGAAGAUGAGAAUGAGUACAAGAACGUGGCUGCUUGCCUCGACCGUUCGUUCCACAACAUGCCGUAUCUCGCGACCGAGGAGGGCAUCAGUGAGUAACCAACCACUCUCUUUCAGCUGCGAUCAAUAACUUUGGCUUUUAGCACUUCCACGAUGACGGCUUUGACUACCUACUAUGAGUGUGAGAAAGGUGGUCGUUUAGUUUGUUUUUGCAGUUUAAUUUUCAUUUUAAGUUUCUUCAAUAAAUUAUUGGAAUAAUCAAAUGACGAGAUCCAUCGUUGUAUUUGUUUAAAUUGUAAAAUUCAGUUUUUUAUCUUA